AAACAUGUGGAUGAUAGCCUUGUCGAUGGUGGCGCUGUUGGCUCAUGUCACGCAAGGUGUAACCAGGUACGAUACUGGCAAGGGCUUCGUUUACAAGCUAUCGGUGGUGCAGGAUGUCACGCUUGAAAGUCCAUACAGUAACUACAACCGUUUGCCGUUCCUUCUCGUUUCUCGACAUCCUGGUUAUCCUAACAAGCGAUCGCUUGUAAAGUUUGAAAACCUACCCAGGUACUGCCCAGCUUCCAAGGUCGUUUCUGCGAAGAUGUACCUGUACUAUGUCUACGCACACAAAGCCAGCUGGCAUCCCAUCACUAGAACCCCUUUUGUUCCCCGUUAUAUGCAGGUUCAUUUGGUGAAAAAAUCCUGGAACGAGCAUCAAGCUACCAGCUCCAAGCGUUCAUCAUAUACCUAUUGGUCGACACGAUACCUUGGUUUGGAUAACAAUGACGCAGAGGCGAAUCCCCAGGAUGAAAACCCCGUCGUUAUCUUUCCAUAUCGCCCUCGAGGCUUCGUGGAGUUUGACGUCACUAAAGCAAUCAGAGCGUGGCAGAAAGGAAUACCCAACUACGGCCUUGUGAUCCGUGCAAUUAACGAGUUAGAGAGCGGAAGAGGAAUUCGAUUUGCAAGCAACGCAGAUCGCGAUCGUUCAAGACAUGCGUACGUUCUUGUUCUUUGCAAACAGUAAAGAAAACAUGUCAUUCUUGCCCUCCCUAUUAUCAAGAGUAGAGUUUAAUGGUAUCGUAUCACAGAUGGGGAUCGUUUUAUCUGCAUUCUGAGGAUGAAAAUAAAAUAUCGUA